AUGGAGGCCGACGAAGAAGAGCGGGAAGUAGCGACAGCAUCGGCUGCUUUAUUUGGAGAUACGCAUCGAGAAUCAGUGUUUAAUGAUGAGGGAAUGGAUGGUUCUGAUUUACCACCAUCAUUUGUCAUGCCGUUACUAACUCGAGACGACGAGGAAGAGACACAGGAGAUUUCAGAUCGAAUGCAAGUGCUUGAGACGGAAAAAGAGCCAGAAGAAGACAUUCAAGUGGAAGCUGAGGACGAAAUGAUCGAUAGGAUCAACAUUAGAAGAAUACAGAUGGAUAUUCAGCCAAUAGAGGCUGGAAAAGAACAAGAACGAGAUGCUACUUCAAUGAUAGAGACUGGAGAUCGACGAGGUUAUCAAUGUCGCUUUGAAAAUUGCCUUAAAUUUGCUCAGGCAGGAGGUUUUUGCAUUGCUCAUGGUGGUGGAUACCGUUGUCAGACCCCAUUUUGUGCUUUUUUUAAUUUACGCACGUGUCCGGACCAUGGAGGCUCGAAACGCUGUGGCGUGACAGGAUGUACACGAGUGGCACUGGGCACUUCAGCACUUUGUUGUGCACAUGGAGGAGGACGAAAAUGUUCGAUUAAGAAAUGUAACAAGUACGAUGCUGGACAAGGACUGUGUCUGGCCCAUGGAGGAGGACGAGACUGCAGGACAAGUGGCUGUACCAAGAAGGCCAUUCGCUACGGAGUCUGUAGUGGCCAUGGAGGUCGUGCACGUUGCAAGGUGGAAGGUUGCGAGAAAUACGACCGGGGACAGGGCAAGUGCAAGGCUCAUGGGGGUGGCUAUUUUUGCAAAGUACAGGGAUGUGGCAAGAAGGACAAAGGAGGCGGACUGUGUGUUGCCCAUGGCGGCGGCAAGAAGUGCUAUGUGGAAGGAUGCACGACGCCAUGUGUUGGUGGAGGUCGCUGCAAGGCACAUGGGGGAGGUAGACGAUGUCAAGCUGAUAAUUGCCGCAAUUGGGCUCUCAAUGGCGGACGAUGUAAGGAGCACGGCGGAACGGGCAAGCGCUGCUCACGUCGUGGGUGCGACAAGCAUGACCAAGGCGGUGGCUUCUGCCUUGCACAUGGUGGUGGCUUCACCUGCACGAUCCCGGACUGCACGAAGAAGCAGAUCCGGUUCGGACGUUGUUGUGCGCAUGGUGGGAAACCACGAUGUACAGUUGCCGGGUGCGAGCGUCUGGGGCAGGCACGUGGACUUUGCAAGGCUCACGGUGGUACAAAACCUUGCAGCUUUCCGGAAUGCACGCGCAAGGCAAAUAGCGGUGGUCAUUGCAUUCGGCAUGGCGGCGGAGGGCGCUGCAAAACGGAGGGCUGUGUCAAGACGAACCGCGGUGGAGGCUACUGCAAGGCUCACGGCGGGGGCAAAAAAUGCACUGUACCAGGCUGCAACGACUGGGCCAUUGGUGGCGGUCUGUGCCCACAGCACGAAAUGUUCGGCCCAGCUGCGGUCGUCUCUGUGUGA